AUGGACAAGCUGGUCGUGAACUACUAUGAAUACAAGCACCCCAUAAUCAAUAAAGACCUGGCCAUUGGGGCCCAUGGCGGCAAGAAAUUCCCGACGUUGGGUGCUUGGUACGACGUUAUCAACGAGUACGAAUUUCAAACGCGUUGUCCUAUCAUCCUGAAGAAUUCCCACAGAAAUAAACAUUUUACAUUUGCCUGUCAUUUGAAAAACUGUCCGUUUAAAGUUUUACUAAGUUAUGCUGGCAAUUCUACGUCCUCGGACACUUCUUCCCCUUCCGGCAAUGACAAUGUAGACCCCUCCGGAGCUUCUGAUCAUGUUCAUCACCAUAGCGACAACAUUAACGAUGACGACAACAAUAACAAUAAUGUCAAUAACAACACUAAGGUCAGAAAUGACAACAAACUCGAAUUCGUUACAGACGAUCUUGAGUACCAUCUGGCAAACCCGCAUCCAGACGAUGCCGGUGACAAAAUCGAGUCGAGAAACAAUGGGGGCGAUGGGAACAACGACGAUGAUGGUGAUGCUAACAACAUUUUCAAGCAGCAGGGCGUUAAUAUCAAGAAUGACACCGACGAGGAUUCGGUAAACAAGUCGUCUAUCGACCAAAAUUUGGAAAACUCUAAUGAUUCUACUACUGCUAACGACAACAACAACAACAGCAACAAUAACAACGCUAACGAUGAGGAUGACGUUCACACUCAAAUGACUAAGAGCUACUCCGAUGUGGUGAACGAUGAAGACAUUAACGUUGCCAUUGCGAACGCUGUUGCCAAUGUAGAUUCUCAAUCAAAUAACAAGCAAGCCGACAAAGACGACGACGCCUCCAAUAACAAUGAUGACAAUAAUAAUAAUAAUAGUACUAAUGAUAACAAUAACAAUAACAACAAUAAUAAUAAUAUUAAUAAUAAUAACAGUGUUACUAACCACGACAUUUCCUCUCACUCACCUUCUUCGAUACGAGAAUCAUCUAUGAAUCUCGAUGUCUUCAAUUCUGCUACCGACGACAUUCCAGGUCCAUUUGUCGUUACCAAGAUCGAGCCCUAUCAUAGCCACCCGCUAGAAGAUAACCUAUCGCUGGGGAAGUUCAUCUUAACGAAGAUUCCUAAGAUAUUACAAAACGAUUUGAAAUUUGAUCAAAUACUAGAAAGCUCUUACAAUAAUUCCAACCACACUGUAAGUAAAUUCAAAGUUUCCCAUUAUGUGGAAGAAUCUGGCCUGCUGGACAUCCUAAUGCAAAGAUAUGGGUUGACGGCUGAAGAUUUUGAGAAAAGAUUAUUGUCUCAAAUCGCGAGACGUAUAACCACAUACAAGGCAAGAUUUGUUCUGAAAAAGAAAAAAAUGGGCGAAUAUAACGAUCUACAACCUUCUUCGUCCUCCAAUAAUAACGAUAACAACGAUGACGAACUGUCCAGCGCAAACAUGAGGAAUAAUUCCAUUGACUAUACUAAACAUCAGGAAAUUUCAAGUGCGGCGGCCUCGCCAAAUACAAUUAAGAAUGAGAAUAACAUAAGCGACACCAAAAAUGAGAAUAGUAACAACAGUAACAAUAACGACAAUUCGAACCUAUUGGAAGGCGUCUUGGAUAAAUCAUCUAGUCAUCGUUAUCAGCCCAAAAAGUUGCCCAAUGUUAAUAAAUGGAACAAACCAGAUCAAAUCACUCAUUCCGAUGUAUCCCUUGUUGGACUGGAUGAACCAAACGAUGGCAGUAAUUCAAAUGUUCACCCAACCUUGGCCGAAGUGGACGCGCAAGAGGCUCGCGAAACCGCUCAAUUGGCCAUAGAUAAGAUCAAUUCUUAUAAAAGAUCUAUCGACGAUAAAAAUAGUGGUGGCCACAACAACUCAUCAAGAAACGUUGUGGAUGACAACCUGAUCAACGAUAUGGAUUCAGAAGACAACCACAAGUCUAAGAGACAACAUUUGUCCGAUAUCACACUGGAAGAAAGAAACGAAGAUGAUAAAUUGCCACAUGAAGUGGCGGAACAAUUAAGAUUACUGUCGUCACAUCUAAAAGAGGUGGAGAACUUGCAUCAGAAUAACGAUGAUGACGUGGACGAUGUUAUGGUGGAUGUAGAUGUCGAAUCGCAAUACAACAAGAACCCUACUCACCAUCACCAUAACCAUCACAGCCAACCUCAUCACGACGAAGAAGACGUUGCCGGAUUAAUGGGCAAACCGGAUGAUGAUGAUGGUGAUGACGAUGAUGAUGAUGACGACGAUGACCUUUCUGACGAAAAUAUCCAGCCUGAAUUAAGAGGCCAAUAA